CCCUACCCCUGCCCCCAGUGCGGCAAGAGCUUCGGCCAGAGCUCGGACCUGCUGCAGCACCAGCGCACCCACACCGGCGAGCGCCCCUUCGCCUGCGCCCAGUGCGGCAAGGCCUUCAGCAAGGGCUCGACCCUCACCGGGCACCAGCGCAUCCACACGGGCGAGCGGCCCUUCGCCUGCCCCGCCUGCUGCAAGCGCUUCCGCCACAGCUCCCACCUCACCGCCCACCUGCGGGUGCACGCCCGGGAGCGGCCGCUGUAAGCCAGAGAGAUCCCUGGCCCUGCUCCCCGUCCCUGCCCCACGGGUCCCACCGCACCGCCCACCUCUGUGCACGCCCGGGAGUGGCCACUGUGAGCUGGAGACCCCCGGCCCUGCCCCCCUGGUCCUACCUGACCUCCCACCUCUGUGCACGCCCAGGAGCGGCCGCUGUGAGCCGGAGAGAUCCCCGGCCCGGCUCCCACCACACUACCCACCUCUGUGCACGUCUGGGAGUGGCUGCUGUGAGCUGGGGGAGCCCUGGGAGGUGCCAUGUACUGCCCCACAGCCACAUUAGAGGGCGCAUGCCCAGGAGAGGUAGCCCUGAGACAUGGCUCCCCCCAGCUCUGUGAGGGGAGUGGGGGCUGGUGGGUUAGAGCCAGGGGCGGGGAGCCAGGACUCCUGGGUUCUCUCCCUGGCUCUGUUUUACAUUCUCCGAUCCUGACUCUUAGCACUGAUUUCCCUCUGUCCCUGAGGACCUGACCCUGGGGUUUGUCCCUGCGGGGGCUGCCCCCCAGUUUUGCCUGGGCUCCCUAGGGCUGCUUUUAGAGGUCAUAGGCUGGAGGCGGACGCGGGCACUACAGGCCCAGGGCAGGGCCCUGCUCCCGGAGUCAGGUUAUUACGGCAGAGUCUCAGCUUGCAUUUAACAAAUGCUGUCAGCUCUCUUGGAUGUGGAGAAAUGCACCAAAACGUGACCCUGCCGCCUGCCUGAGUGUGCCGAGAGCCUGAACCCGGUGCUGCGAGGGGGCAGCUGUCCUGAGUGUGCCGGACGCAGUGACACUGCUUGAGUCUGCACAGAGCCUGCGCCUGUCCCUGCGAGGGGGGGAUCUCCUCCUGCCCCACUGCUUGGGGCACCCAGCAGACGGGGAAGUGGCAGGAACACGUGGCUUUCCCUGUUCCCCUGGGGUGACGCGGGGGAGGUCCCGGGGUGUGGGGCGGGGGCCAGUCAGCGCUCGGCUGUGCCCAAUGGUUCGCAGAGAGUGGCUGAGUGCGCGCAGGCCCCUGCGUGGCCAUUCGUGCCCAGCCCCACGGCGGCUCAUUCCCCACCGGGGAGUCCGCGCAAAGGGG